AUGUCAUUACACGUGACCGAAACCGAGUCGGAGGGAAUAUCGUUUGGCCGACUUACCAAAUCUAAAAGAAAUAUUAUUGAAAGCAGAUUUAAAAAAAAAAACGACGACCUUGAGGAGGAGGAGCUUUACAGGUCGACGGCUGAAAGUGAUUCGGAAUAUAAGAAGAAGGAGAAGAAGCAGGGAAGAAGAGGAAAAAUGGAAACAGCACAGGACCACGCGAAGAAGCGGAAGCGAAAGCACAAAAGCUCUGAAGGGAAGAGCGCAAAGCCGCACCAGCAAGAGCCAGAGGCGGUAGAAGCAGAAUCACAAACGCCUACCAAGAAGCAAAAAGUCGACCAGCACGACGACGAUGGCGAGCAGCUUGAUGGCGAACACAUUGAGAAUGGCGUUGAGGCCGGAAAGGAUGUACCUGCCCUGCCGUCCGCGGAUACAAUGGCGCUUCCUACACAGGAGGCCGUGUCGAAUAAAUUCAGCGACCUUUCGCUGUCAGAGCCAACGGUCAAGGCGAUUGCCGGCAUGGGCUUUACGACCAUGACCGAGAUACAGCAGCGAGGUAUUCCGCCUUCGUUGGCGGGCCGGGAUAUACUGGGCGCAGCGAAGACGGGGUCGGGAAAGACGUUGGCGUUUUUGAUACCUGCCGUGGAGAUAUUGCGGUCGUUGAAGUUUAAGCCUAGAAAUGGGACUGGUGCGCUUAUUAUUACACCGACGCGAGAGCUGGCGCUACAGAUCUUUGGCGUUGCGAGGGAGCUGAUGGAGCACCAUUCGCAGACGUAUGGGGUGGUGAUUGGCGGUGCAAACAGGCGUGCUGAGGCGGAGAAGCUGAACAAGGGCGUUAAUGUGCUGAUUGGGACUCCCGGGCGGCUGCUGGACCAUCUGCGGUCGACGGAGGGGUUUGUCUUUAAGAACCUGAAGACUCUUGUCAUUGACGAGGCGGACCGAAUUCUCGAAGUCGGAUUCGAAGACGAGCUACGACAGAUCAUAUCGAUCCUGCCCAAGGAGGACAGACAGACGAUGCUGUUCUCCGCAACCCAGACGACCAAAGUGGAGGAUCUCGCACGCAUAUCCCUGAAGCCUGGCCCGCUGUACAUCAACGUCGACCACAAGAAGGAGCACAGCACGGUCGACGGGGUGGAGCAGGGAUUUAUAAUCUGCGAAGCCCACAAGCGGUUCCUGCUGCUGUUCUCGUUCCUGAAGAAAAACGCGAAGAAGAAGAUUAUUGUCUUCUUUUCCAGCUGCAACUCCGUCAAGUACUACUCUGAGCUGCUGAAUUAUAUCGAUUUGCCGGUGCUCAGUCUGCACGGGAAGCUGAAGCAGCAGAAGCGAACGAACACGUUUUUUGAGUUCUGCAACUCGGCACAGGGCACACUUAUCUGUACCGACGUUGCUGCCAGAGGCCUAGAUAUUCCGGCAGUGGACUACAUUGUGCAACUUGAUCCGCCUGACGACCCAUCGGAGGUAGGCUUCAUCAACCAUCUGAGAGAGGCUCGGGUGCCUGUGGUAGAGUUUGAGUUUCCUACCAAGCACAUUAUCAACAUCCAGUCGCAGCUGGAGAAGCUGAUCAGCCAGAACUACUACCUCAACCAGUCUGCGAAAGAAGGGUACAGGUCGUAUCUGCAUGCGUAUGCAUCGCACUCUCUGCGGUCUGUGUUUGACGUGAACAAGCUGGACCUGGUCAAGGUGGCCAAGAGCUACGGCUUUACUACGCCGCCGCGGGUGGACAUUACGCUGGGAGCGAGCAUGAGCCGGGACAAGAAGGUGCAGGCACGACGGACACGUGAUGUUGAUGUCAGCAAAGAAACGACGACGAGAAGAAGAGAGAGAAGAAAGAGAGAGAAGAAAGCCAUUGAGCCACGACGAAGCACGAUGGUGGCCGUCAGCACAGCCUUUGCCUCGCGGCAGCUCUUCUCGACCCAUCUGCACUUCCUCCGGGAGUCUCUAAUGGGCAGCAACAGCAAUAGCAACAACAACGAUGAUAAAGUCGAGCGCUUCUCGUCAGCAGAUCUAUCAUCAGCCAGAAUCUCUCACCGUCCUCCAGCCGUGAAAAAGGGAUCCCUUGGAACCGGCUCUAUCUUUUCCGACGGCGAGGUAUCGACAUCCGGUCCCACGCCUAAACGGCCCCCGAAGAAAGAAGAUGCUGCUGCUACCCAAGAUGCAGAGCACUCUACUGCUCUCGUCGACCGGAACCGAGACACGAUAUCACGUACUCUGAUACCGCAUCCUGAACGACGAGCCCGAUGGGAGAGGAAGAUGGUCAUCCGAGCCGUCAAGAACCGCGGCCAACUUACGCGGGAAGAAGUGAUUCAGCAGAGUGAGCGAGAGCUGCAGAGUCGAUCGCACUGGUUCAAGACGUCGGUGAAGAAGUUGGGUCCGCUUGCAAGACAGAUUGCAGGCAAGAAAGUCGAGGAUGCGAUUAUGCAGAUGAGAUAUAGUAAGAAGAAGGCGGCGAGGGAUGUGUUGGCGUUUCUUGAGCAGGCGAGGAAUGAGGCUAUUGUUAGUCGAGGGAUGGGGAUUAAGUCGGAGGCUGAUGGAGAUAGGGGUCAAGAGGUGGAGAUCAAGUUGAAGGAUGGCAAGAGGUAUACUGUCCGGGAUGAGAGGGAGAUAUAUGUUGACCAGGCGUGGGUGAACCGGGGCCCUUAUGGAGUGGACUUUGACCACCGGGCGAGGGGACAGAUUAAUAGGCUGCGCCCACCGUACACUGCGUUGGCGGUGGUGUUGAAGGAGGAGAAGACGCGGGUGAGGGAGUGGCGGGAUCGGACGGAGAAGGCACUGAGGGAGAGAAGGGAGAAGUUGUGGGUGCAGAUGCCUGACCGGCGGGUUACAGGGCAGAGCCAGUACUAUUCUUGGUAA